ACUUGCGACAACAUAGGCCUUGAGCUUAGUAAUGCUGACCCGAAUAGGAGCGUUGUGAUUGGCGGUGGCGAUGGCCGUUUGGCCAAUGAGCAUGGAGGGGUAUUGUUAUAAACUAAAAGGAAGAGAAAUGGCGGAGAUAAGUGACAGCAGUGAUAGUGAUGUGGAGCUGAUAAGACCCCGUUACGUGAAGCGAAGGAGGAUCCUCCCUGCAACACUUCCAGUCACGGUCUCUGUCUACUCAAACAAGGUGAACAGCUGCCUUAAACUGCUCCCAAAGGACUCCAGUGAACUGGUUCAGUUGGCAGAGGAGCUGGAGAGGGUUAAAGACUCUGAAGAUUUAGAAAAUGAAGGCAUGUUUGUUCCGCCGGCUGCACAACCGCAGAAGUCUCCGUUGUAUGAUCUGACAGAUUCAGAAGGUGAAGGAGGGGAACCUGAAGCUGCACGUGAGAGGCUUCGAGAUGCUUCUCCUUCACCACCUCCAACGCCACAGACCCCAGUAAGAAAAAGGGGACGAGCGUAUAAUCAAAUAAGAGAUUUGGAUGCCCAGCUAAAGGAUCUUGGGACAGACCUCUCCCCAUCACACAGGUCUGUCACCGAAAAUGAUUUAAUCCUCGUUGGAAGCAGCCCUGCUCCGGAGUUGACCGUAAAAGUGCGGAGGGGAGGAGAGCUCUUUAGGAUAAACAUUCGGAUGCUGGAUCCCCUGCAAAACCUGGCACAGUCGGUAGCCUCCAAGCUUGGUGUUGAAGCAUCACAGAUCCUCCUGCUUCUGAGAGACGAGGAGCUUGCACUUACCCAGACGGCACAGUCCUUGAGCCUCACUGUGGCAGAUAUCAUUGACUGUGUGGUCCUCUCCACGUCGUCCGAGCAGGCGGAUAUUCAGAGUGAUGAUACGAUUUGUCUGCAAGUUCAGGGGAAGGAGAAGCAGUCCCAUCUCAGCAUCACGGUUGGGAAAACUGAGCCUCUCCAGUCCCUAAUCGAUCAGUAUCAUGCUGCAACGGGUUUGCCCAAGAGAGGAAAAGUCUCCUUUAUGUUUGAAGGAAAAAAGCUACAAGGGAAAAGCACGGCAGAAGAACUGGGUUUAGAGACUGAUGAUAUUAUUGAGGUUUGGCUCUGAGCUCCAUCCCUCAUCCUGAUCAGUUUUUUUUUUAACCUCUUGCAAGAAGCUCUUAAUCCAUCUGCCUGGUCCCUGAAAGUCAGGAUUACUGCAUGUGUGAACUUUGAGUCUGGUGCACAAAAUAAAUCUCAGGAUUGCGACCAUAGGAACACAGACUUAAUUUUAUGGUCUCUCCAGGUUCUAGGCAAUAUUUUGUUCCAAAUUUAUAUUUUUGUCCUCUGACUGUUCCAGAUUUGUCUUUAAACAAAAGUAUCAACUUAUCCAGCCUUCUAGUGUGUGGAUCACACUUGCUUAGCUAAUUGCUAUAGGAUAAAUUAAAUUGGGCUCUUGUGCAAUAAUAUAAGGUCUAUAAAACUUCCUCUUAAAGUGACUAUCAAUAGCAAUUUAUAUUAGUUUUGUCUUUUUGUACAAUAUAAUUUUUAUUUUUUUCCCUCUACCCAGUUCUUAUUGUUGUAAAUAGAAAUUCCAAGUCGUGUUUAGGGUCCUCAAUAAAAUGUUCUUGUUUUUAUUUUGUAUAAUAAAAUUCCAGGGUGUAUCCUGGCCCUCUCUUUUCACCCAAUUGGGUGUAUCUGUACUAACUGUAGCCCACUAAGCUGUAAUUUAGAAGUGCCAGCAAUGUUAGAAGAUAGUUGUCCCUAAAUAGUUCAAAGCAGCUUGGGGGUGGCAGGAAAAACACUUGCAUGCAGGGCAGGGAUUUAAAAUGAGUUGUUUUAAGCCAAGUGCAAUUGGCAUUAACUUGCUUGUGUUCAUGAAACCUUGUAUGUUAGGCAACUUUUACCUCUCAUGAACAGGACUUGAACAUUCUUUAAAUUCUGCAUAACUGGUUUUGAUUGACGCUUGGGUUCUUGAGAAGGAAGUACAGUCAUGUGUAGAAUGUGCCUAAUUUGCCAUCUAUCUUUGGGUUGCUCAAACUUCAGUUUGCCCUGACAGUCAGUCACUAUAGAAGUUGUGCUAUGUCCACACGUCUAUAUCAAACUGUUAGCAGAGAGAACAUGGGGUGUGUGUGUGUGUGUGUGUGUGUAGAGAGGCUUCCAUGAUGCAUGAAGGCAAAUUUAUUUCUGUAAACUCAUUAUGUAUUUACUUCACUCAUCUGCAGUUAAUUGUCUAGUGUCCAAAUCUAGUUAUGGUGAUCCAUACAGACUAUUACACAGGUAAAGUUUCCAUAUGUAUUUGUGGGGGGGUUCCCUCUAUUCUGGAAUAGAACUAUUACAUUGCAGCAGUUAUUUUAAAUAAAGUGGUUAAAAACAGGGAUGAAUGACAAACCAUCACA